UCCCCUUCCCCUUCCCCACCCCGCCCCGCCGGGAAAACGCGAGCCGUCGCCGCGCUCCCCAAACCGCCGCCUGCCCUCGGCCAACCGCCCCCAACGGCCGCCCGCGCGUGGCUCGCCGGGCCCCCUCGCUCCUCCCCUCAGGCCCCCGGAGCGCUCCCCUCCCUCCGCCUCGCACUCUCGCACCUCGCAGGCUUGCCGCCGUUGGGGGCUGCCAUGCCCCUGCCGCAGGCUGUCCACGGGCCUAGGCGCGGCGGCCCGAGAUAGGGUCCCCUCCGCCUCCCGGGGGAGGAGAGAGGCAGCGGGCCGCGCGCUCCGCCCCCUCCCCCCGGGCCGCCGCCACCUCGCCGCCUCAGCCUGGCGGGGAGGAGGAGGAGGAGCAGCAGGCCUCCGGCCUCCGGCACCGCCGCCCGCAGGACAUUUCUGAUUCAUUUGCAUCCUUGAAGAGCGUCUAUAGAAGAGGAAGGGAAAGAUGGGUGUGAAAACAUUUACUCAUAGCUCCUCUUCCCACAGCCAGGAAAUGCUUGGAAAGCUAAAUAUGCUUCGAAAUGAUGGACAUUUUUGUGAUAUCACUAUUCGUGUCCAGGACAAAAUCUUCCGGGCACAUAAGGUGGUACUAGCAGCUUGCAGUGAUUUCUUUCGCACCAAACUUGUAGGCCAAGCAGAAGAUGAGAACAAGAAUGUGUUGGAUUUGCAUCAUGUUACAGUGACUGGCUUUAUACCCCUUUUAGAGUAUGCGUACACAGCCACUCUGUCAAUUAACACAGAAAAUAUCAUUGAUGUUCUAGCUGCAGCCAGCUAUAUGCAAAUGUUCAGUGUUGCUAGCACCUGCUCAGAGUUCAUGAAAUCAAGCAUUUUAUGGAAUACACCCAACAGCCAACCAGAAAAGGGUCUGGAUGCUGGACAAGAAAAUAACUCCAACUGCAAUUUUACGUCUCGAGAUGGAAGCAUUUCUCCAGUGUCUUCAGAGUGCAGUGUGGUAGAAAGAACCAUCCCUGUCUGCCGAGAAUCACGGAGAAAGCGCAAAAGCUACAUUGUUAUGUCUCCUGAAAGUCCUGUAAAGUGUAGCACACAAACAAGUUCUCCCCAGGUGUUGAAUUCUUCAACUUCCUAUUCAGAAAAUAGAAAUCAACCAGUUGACUCUUCUCUGGCUUUUCCCUGGACUUUUCCUUUUGGAAUUGAUCGAAGGAAUCAGCCUGAUAAGGUUAAGCAAGCAGAAAAUACCCGGACUUUAGAAUUACCUGGCCCAUCUGAGACAGGGAGAAGAAUGACUGAUUAUGUGACUUGCGAGAGCACAAAAACUACCUUGCCUCUGGGUGCUGAGGAAGAUGUCCGGGUCAAAGUGGAAAGGUUAAGUGACGAGGAGGUCCAUGAGGAAGUAUCCCAGCCUGUCAGUGCGUCUCAGAGUUCACUGAGUGAUCAGCAGACAGUGCCAGGAAGUGAGCAAGUGCAAGAGGACCUUCUGAUUAGUCCCCAGUCUUCCUCCAUAGGCUCAGUAGAUGAAGGCAUCACGGAAGGGUUGCCUACGCUUCAGGGCACUUCUAGCACCAACGCUCACGUAGAUGAUGAUGACCGAUUGGAAAAUGUUCAGUAUCCCUACCAACUCUACAUUGCUCCUUCCACCAGCAGCACAGAACGGCCAAGUCCCAAUGGUCCAGAUAGACCUUUUCAGUGUCCAACGUGUGGGGUGCGAUUCACCCGUAUUCAGAACCUGAAGCAGCACAUGCUGAUCCACUCAGGAAUUAAACCAUUUCAGUGUGACCGCUGUGGGAAAAAGUUCACCAGGGCUUACUCGCUAAAGAUGCAUCGCCUAAAGCAUGAAGGUAAACGCUGUUUCCGGUGCCAGAUAUGUAGUGCCACUUUCACUUCCUUCGGGGAAUAUAAACACCACAUGAGGGUUUCCCGGCACAUUAUCCGCAAGCCUCGGAUUUACGAGUGCAAAACAUGUGGCGCCAUGUUCACCAACUCUGGAAAUUUAAUCGUGCACCUGAGGAGUCUGAACCAUGAAGCGUCAGAGCUAGCAAACUACUUCCAGAGCAGUGAUUUCCUAGUACCGGACUACUUAAACCAGGAGCAAGAAGAGACCCUUGUUCAAUAUGAUCUUGGAGAACACAGUUUUGAAAGCAACUCCUCUGUUCAAAUGCCUGUAAUUUCACAGGUCUCCUCGACCCAGAAUUGUGAAAGCACUUUUCCCUUGGGGUCUCUUGGGCUGACAGAAAAGGAGGAAGAAAUGCCAGAGCAGCCAAAGACCAGUGCUUGUACCGAGGCAACCAGAGAUGACCCCCCAAAAUCAGAGCUGUCUUCUAUAACUAUUGAGUAAUUUCAUAGUUUGGCUUCAUUUUUAAUUUUUGGAAAGUGCCUGUGCUUGGUCUUGUACAUUUGAAUUUAAUUUCUUAAGCAAAAAAAGGGUUUGGAAAAAUUUCCCUUUUUAGUUUGUAAGUCCUGCAACUGAUGUUUUAUUUUUCGUGACUGAGAGAUUGCUUCUGUAAGUGCACAAUAACAUGGUGUUGAAAUACAGUAGAAACCCUGAAACUUAAGGAGAGGAAGCAGGUGACAUCACACUUACAUCAGCUUCCUCUUCCGACAUCAGGAGUAGGCUAACAACGUAUCAUUAGGUUGAGAAGAAAUCAAAUGAUUACUGACCUUCCUGAAAUGAAAGGGUACACCAGAAACAUACUACUAAACAGAUUUGGCAAAUAGCCUGAAUAGAUGUUACUCCUAUACACAGGACAUUGUACAAUCUUUUGUAAAACCUGUUGUUUCUGGAAAUAUUUAUGGUGAGCUUUCUUAAAAAUUAUUAGAUGUGUACUUCUGAUAUUCCACGUAUUCUUUUUUUUUUCCUUUAAGCUUUGUCAUUAUAAUUUUUUAUGCUGAAAAUUUGGUAUUGGGGUAGGUAUUCCCUGUACCUUUAUAAUAGUACUCUCCAAAUUAUCUUUCUUCUAUGAAAGAUGGCAGAGAGCCACGGUUGAGAAGAGUCAAGCUCUGCAUGAAGAGACCAGGAAUGGGGAAUAUAGUGUGUGAAUCUCCGCUUCAUAGGAACUCUUUCAUACUGCUUUUCUGGUUAAAAUCAUUGUUUACCUGGUCUUUGAAUGUUAAUGCCUGGCUAAUGAGGUCAUUGCCUAAAUCAGUUUUUGUCUUACCCUGUCAACAGUACUUUCUUUUGCCUAUACUUGGCGUGAUCCCAUAAAAAGGAAAUAUACUGGAGAUGUUCUAUAUUUUAUAUAUAGGUUUGUGUAUUAUUGAGGAUGUUUUCAUUCUGCUGUUUGGACAAAAUAAAGAAUUCUCUGUUAAGGCUAUGUUCUUAACCCAACUAAGAUUGUUUACAAAAUACCAUGUGACAGUGAUAUAUUGUCCUUAUUCCAAAAUAUUUUUAGACAUUGCCAAAUGUCAUAUUGAAAGCAGUUAGUAUAGUUUUUACAGAAUGUAAGCAAUAAUGUAGAAGAGAAGAGGCUAUAAAAUGAUGAUCUGUGACUCAGAUCUAUUUGGGGGAAAAAGUUGUUAAGACUAAAGAAAAACUAAAAACCUUAAGGUAAUGAAUAUUACCUCUUGCUGCUAAAAGAAAAUGAAACUUCCUGGUUUAUAGUUGAAAUACAUAUGAUACUCUAGACUGGAGUAUAUAUUUUACCUGGUGCCGUUAAAGCAUCGCUUACCUUGAUUCUAAAUUUCAUGAGUCCAUGAGCAAUGAUCUUUUGAGUAACUUUUUUUUCUAUGUAUAUACCCAGAGUUUAAUCAUUAUGAAAACACCUGAUUAGAUUAGAAAAAGAAAAUAGUUUCUUAUUCAGAACACAAGAUCUCAGUUUUGUCUGGGUGCUAGACCUCAAUAAAAAUUUUUUAAGUUAGAGUGAUUUGUUUCAUUUUUUGAUUGGCUCAUUCUGUAACUUAUCUCUUACAAAUGUACAGAAAGGGAAAGUGAACUCCUUGAAGUUUUUUUAGACUAAUGUUCUUUUUGUUUUCAUAUUCUGCUGUUUUUAACUUGUUUCCAACUCCUUUUCUCACUCAAGAACCUGUUGUUUCCUUUUUGCUCCCUAAAUAGCUACAUUACCUUAAGGAAAAUGAACACGUACAGAUUCUGAUCGCCUUCCAUCAUUUAUGCUUCUUUAUCAGUAGGUUGAAUUACUUUUCUUCAGCAAGACUAUAUGAUACUAAUAGCUGUACUGCUGUGUCUCAACUGGAAAGGUCAGGAAUUUUUAUUUUUAAUAUUAUAUAGAUUCUCUGGAAACUUAUGCCUACCAAUAGAUAAAUCUCAAAGUUAAUUUUAAAAUCUUAUAUGAACAAGACAAGAGUAAGUGAAAUUAUCACCAGGAGUCAUUGUUGCCCUCAGUUCUUAGAGUUAUUUUUUUUAGAAUAAGGAAAGAAGAAAGGAAAGAAAACAGACUUGAUGAGAAGAUACGUCAGAACUUGGAGACUGGUUGAUGGAAAGUAAUUUAGCAUACCCCCUGUCCUGAGAAUUUUGGACUGAGAGUCCUGCACAGGUUUGCCCGUUCUGAGGUGUUCUGUGUUCUCAGAAUGUAGCAUUACCAUCACUGGCUAUUUUUUCCCAAGUGGAAACUUUAGACUUUCAUUGGUAAUUACAAAUUAUACAGAUUUCCAAGUUUUAUGCGACAUUUGAACCUACUGUGAAAAUGCUUAUUGCUGGUUGUCUGUUCCCCACAUCUUAUCAAUACAGGUAACUAACUAAUAUUUAACGUGAUAUAAACAAAGGCCUUUUUUCUCUAUUUCAGUGAGGCGCUACAUUUUUCUUGAUAUAUAGUUUAAGGUUACUUAGCUUAUGGGCGUGUUUUAAGAAACUAAGCUGUAAGAAAAUAAUUGUAUAUAGUGUUACUUAGAUUUAUUUAAAAUUCAUCUAAGAGAAGGAUGCCUGGAUGUAUACUUUUUACCAUAAUAUAUGGAGAAAAAAAUACAAAGAGAUGAAAACCUGUUAUAUUAUCUCAUCAUCAGAAAUUACCAGUAUAACUGAACAUUUAAAAAAUUCCAAUUUAGAAUACCAUAGCUAUCUUGCUUAAAUUAGGCCCCAGGGGGUAACUUUGUGAUAUUUAAAGGGCUUAAAUUUUAGGAUGCAAGAUAAAUUGCCUUAAGCAAGGAUUUUAUAUAAUAAAAACAUUUAUUUUCAUUUUAAAGCUACCAAAUAGGUAUGCUGUACAUACUUCACAGAUGAGCAGAGAUGUGUGCUCUGAUACUGGGUGUUUCAGCACCUGCAGGCAUCCUUUCCACUUUAUAAGGCUGUGUUCUAAUAAUGAAAGCACUUGGCAUGUUAGUGAUUAUACUAAUUCACAAACAAAAAUUUAAUGCUCGUUGUUUUUUUUUUUUUUAAGUUUUCAAGAAAGGGAUGCAGAUGGAGGUUAUUACCCACAAAUAUAUUUAAAUAAGUGUUUCUUACUUUGAAAGUAAUUCUUAAGUAAUUAGCUAUCUAUCUAGUUACAUUACCAGUUUUUAAAGUUCUCAAUUUCAGUGAGAUAAAGUGUAUUAAAAUGUUUAAAUAGCCUCAUUUGUUCUUACAUUCUGGCUUACAGAACUUUACAUUCUGGUUCCUUGUUAUGACACAUGCCCUUAGGUUUUAAAAACAACAAACAAAAAAACCCUUCCGUUUUGUUAAAUUAUGUUACCAGGUGGAAAGAACUGUCCAGCACAUCUAAUGUAUUUCUGUUGGUAACUCUGUUACCUUCUGACUACUGAGCCAGUCUCUCUUGAUGUAUAAAUGGUUCCCUGGGAGCCUUUGAAAGCCGUAUUAACUCUUUCAGUUUUUAUGUUACCUCUUACUAAUUUUUAUUCUCAUACUUAAUCUAAAUAGAGGCCAUUUAUCUAGUUCAGUGGCUUUUAUUUUGAAGAUUCUCAGAUCACGGUUUGCUUUCUUUCAGCUUUGUAGCCCCUGAGAAAUACAUAACCUUAUAAUGUAAUGGCAGUGUAUGCUAGAAUAACCACAUGGAGAGAAUUACUACUUGAUGAAUGAACAAUCCUAAAAUUACAACUGAAAGGACUUUGAGAUUUAAGGAAUUGAUGAAGAGAACUAGCAACUUUUGUGUGGCGUUUACUCUGUUUUCACUCAUCUACAAAAGGUGAAGUCAUAGCUUUGGAGAUAAACAUCCUAGUGAGGGAGAGUAGUUUUCUAGUUAUUAGUAUUAAUUGGGAGGGAAAAAACGAGAAAAAUUCACAUCAGGAAGUGAGCCAAAGUUGCUGAAGGAUAGUAAAUGUUGUUUUCAGUGUAAGUUAUUGACAGAAGAUGAUUUAAUUUAUAUUUAGAUUUUGAGAGUUAAUAAGAAAAGCAUAUAUACAAACUUGAUUUUCUGAAUCAGAACAGAAUGGUGGAUGGUUGCUCAAUUAGAGUAACCAUGUCUAUGAGGAAUAUUAAAGCUAAGCAUACUCCUACAGGCAUUAGGCGCAGAUCAUCCAAAUUUAAGUUAUUCUUUAUUUUGCCUAUACCCAUUUUUAUCUUUCAGUGUCAUUUUUGCCUGACAAAAUGUUGGUGACAUAGGGUAUUUUUAUUUGGAAAGUCCUCAGCAAGACUAAUUGCCAAAGCAAUAAUGGUUCACAUUAACAAUGAAGUGGAAUUAAUAUCCAGGUUCAACUAAGGAGCAGACAUCGUAUGGCUAUUUCAUUUUUAGAUUAUAAACAUGUUGAGAUUUAUUAAUGGGGGAUUAAGCCUAUGUCAGAUUAUGGGAUGACUCUUCAUGACAUUAUAGUUGUACUUUUCUUUAACUUCGUACUCAACUAAUACACUUAGAUAUUUAUAUUGUAUCAUAGUGAUUAUAUUUUUAUGAUAAAAAGCAAAAGUUCCAUAUCUUUACAAAUAGUCUCUGCAGAGAUGUCAGGCAGUGGUGGUGGUGGCAUCUCAAUUUGACAGUAUCUGAAAAACGAGACUGCCUUAAAGUGUACGUGCUACAGAGCUCACUCUGCAUAUGGUCCAGUCCAGUUCCAACUAACAUCAAGGUUUUUAUGUACAUAAUAGUUUACAAAGAAUUUAAAGGUGUGGACUAUUGGUUGAAAACAAAAACUUUAAAAAAAAAUUUUUUUAACUUAAAAUUCUUAAAUUUCAGUUUGAAGUGCCUGGUUUAUAAAAAUCAGAUUCUUUGAUUAUUGCCUUUCUCUUUUAAACUGACUUUUUGCUGAUUAAACUAAAGCCCUAGGCUCAAUUGUGAUGAUUUAUGGAUAAAAUUGCUGCUUGAUGGUGUGAGGGCCUAAGUGUCAAGAUUUUAUUAAAUUGUCCUUGUUUUUCCAAAUAUCAGUCUAACCAUAUCCAAAUUUCAUCAUUCAGGUAAGCAGGUUAAAAAAUCAUCCUAUGAAUGAAUGUUCAGAUUACCAAAGUACAUGGUCUGCUGAGGAAAGGUCAGUCUUCCCUAAAUUAAUUGUAUUAGUGGAGGUUGUGUUCACUUAAGGAUGGGAGCCUUUUGUGCCAUUCCUAAAAACACCUGUUUUUUCUAGAAAGACUUUUUUUUGUAUUUUUUGUAAGAGCUUUCUCUUAUUUCAACCAUCAGUUUAAUUUUCAAGUUGACAAAUGCUAUGUAAAGUCUCUCAUACUGAGAGUGGUCCUUUGAGUUAUUGAAAGUCACACUGCUGUUGAUCUUUCAGGUACCUGAAGUGAAUGCCAUCAGCUGAAUCAGGAGUAAGAUUAGUCAUUUUCUUCCUUAUACAAAGUAAUGGCUUCUCAUGCUUAUACUUCAAGAUAUUUUUUAAAAAGACCACAGCCCCUACUAGAGUACAAUUUGAUCUCAGUUCACGUCCCAGUAAUAGGUUUGAUGUUUCUCUUGUUGCUGGUGCCUCCUGUUGCAUCAGAUAGAGAUUGCCUGCCUCUUUGUAGGGCACCCUUGUGGCACCUUAUGUCCAGUUGGAAGAUGGCAGAUGGCUUCAUUUUGUGCCUCUGCUAUCUUCUCAAAAGCCAUUUUAUAAAAAUCCUAGGUAGCCUAUUUUAAUAUUUAAAUAUAUAUAUAUUUGUGAGAGAUACUUUUAGAACAGACUUUUUUUUACUUUAAAAUUCCUGUAUUCCCAUUUUUAAGAGUAAAUUUAAACUUUCCAGGAUUUGAACUUUUUCCGCAGCAGCAUAAUGAAAAAGUCAAUUUGAGAUAAUAGAAUGUAAUUCAAUGAUAAAAGAGAUUGAUGUCUGGUCAUAGGAAACAGAAGGGAAGGGAAAAACGUUGUUUUGAUGUAACAAACAUUUUUAAUAAAAAUGUUUUUGUUUUCUGUAAUUUUGUAUUUGCUGCUACAGUAGCUCAAUGUUUUCAGAGCUAACAUAUAGAUCUGGCUCCAUUCAGAAACUGGAGUACUUUCUAGUGCAACCAACCUAGGAGGAAGGUGUGUACCACAGUCUUCCAGAAAGGUGACUGGCGGCCCUGUUUAGCUGAUGCAUGCUUUAAAAUGCGCCUGUAGCCCAACAUCAAGGAAGUGUGGGAGAAACGUUUAUCUUGCUAGUUAGUAGCAUUAUGAUUCUUUUUGGGCCCUGGCAUUUUGUGAAACCCUUGAGGGAGGGAAGGUGAUGCUGGAGAAGAAAUGUGAAUUACAUUAUGUAGAAGGAUGUUUUCAUGCUUCUGUCCUCUCCUAGAACCAGAACAGCUUUUGUAUCUGUGCCAGGCUCUAGUUCACCAGCUAUGUAUCCAGUCAUCAUCUCAUUCAUAUUUGGCUUCACUUGGUGACAGCGCCCAUAGCUAAGUUAUUUGGCAUGUUUGACUUUGAACAGUAACAAAAAUGGUUUUGGAUUUUAUUUCCUAAAAAUGUAUACAAUGUCGAAACUUUACAUUUUAUAUACUAGUAUCUGGCUAUUAGUAUUUUACAGGAACCAUGGUUCUUGGUGACUACAUAUAUAUAUAUAUUUUUGUGACUUUUUUGUAUACUAAGUGCCGUUUUCAAUGUUACAAUCAUUUUUAGAGUUAUUGUAAUCAAUGUGAAUAUCAUGUUUUUUCAAAUCUGUUCUGAGCCUAUAGUGUUUGCUUUGUGAAUAUAUAUGUGUAUUGUAUAUAUUCUGUAUAGUUACAUUGUACUGAAAUAUUAGCUUGUUUGAUAUAAGGAAAGUAUGUAUUGAGUACUUUUUGCUAGUUUGGUUGUUUAAUCUUUUUUAAAAAGGUUUAAUCUUUUUAAAAAGCAAAAACUUUAAACCGGCCUUUAUUACAUGGUCACAAAUAAAGUUGCAGUUAGAAGGGAUGGGCAGGGGAAAAAAUAGUUUUGAGUGUCUUUGAAUAGAAACAAGACUAAGUUUUUAAGUUUUGUUUGGUUCCCUUCCUCCCUUCAUUAAAAUAUCUUAUUAAUGCUUUA